UGUUAAAGGAAGCUGGUAAUUCUGUAAUUACGUCUUGUCUGUCAGUUUAAUGGUUUACUCACAGAAACCUGUGGCUGAUGACUCCACCUGUUGCUCAAACCCUCACAGUUCGAAGAGUAUAUAAACCUCCAUCAAACCUUUGCCAAUCAGAAGUGCAAGAGCCUAAGCAGCAGCCCACAACAUGAGGAUUCACCGUCAGCUGUGUUUUCUCGCAAGCCUGCUGCUUGUUAUUCACGCUGGACCGAUUUCACAACCAUCUGACAAAGAUGAAACCACUGCAGAGCAUUACCUGAAGAGCUUUUACAAUCUAACAGAUGAAACAGAUCAAAGAAUCGUUGACCGAAGAGAAUCCAGUCAACUGACUGAGAAGAUGAAAGAGAUGCAAAAGUUCUUUGGGUUUAAGGUGACUGGGAAGCUGGAUAGUGAAACAAUGGAGAUGAUGAAGAAGCCCCGCUGUGGAGUUCCAGAUGUUGCUAAGUACUCCACAUUCGAAGGCAACCCCAAAUGGCAGACCAACAAGCUCACCUACAGAAUCGUGAACUACACCCCUCACAUGUCAAAAGCUGAAGUGGACGACUCCAUGGAGAAAGCCCUGCAGGUCUGGGCCAAAGUCACUCCAGUGAAAUUCACGCGUAUCUACAGCGGCGCAGCUGACAUCAUGAUCUCCUUUGGUACAAGAUAUCAUGGGGAUGCUUACCCGUUUGAUGGCCCACAAGGCAUUUUGGCUCAUGCUUUCGCUCCCUCUCCUGGACUCGGUGGAGAUGCACAUUUUGAUGGUGAUGAGUUUUUCACCUUACGUUCAUCAAGAGGAUUUGUCCUGUUCUUGGUGGCUGCCCAUGAGUUUGGUCACUCUUUGGGCCUUGCUCAUUCCAACAUUCGUGGGGCUCUGAUGUUCCCCACAUACAGCUUUACUGAUCCGGAUCGUUUCUCUCUACCUUAUGAUGAUAUCAGAGGGAUUCAGUCGCUCUAUGGCCCAAACAGAGACAGUAUCUCCAUCCAACCUGAUCCAGAAGUACCAACAGCUCCUAACGCCUGUGACCCUAAUCUGAUCAUGGAUGCAGUUACAACUCUAAGGGGUGAAACAAUGUUUUUCAAGGACAGCUUUUUCUGGCGCAGUUCUCCAAGCAGAAGUGUGACACAACUUCAAAUCAAGCAUUUCUGGCUCAACGCUCCUAAUAAUAUAGAAGCUGCAUACGAGGAUCCAGUGCGAGAUAAACUUUUCUUUUUCAAAGGUAGACAAGUCUGGGCUUUUAAUGGCAUCACUCUUGAGUCCGGCUAUCCCAAGACUCUCAGCAGCUUUGGUGUGUCAUCACUGGUGAGAAAAAUCUGUGCUGCCGUCCAUGACACAUCCUCAGGAAAAACACUGCUCUUCGUUGAAAAAGUUUACUACAGCUAUGAUGAGAGGGCAAAGAAGAUGGAUAGAGGGUAUCCCCAACUAGUGGAAAGUGGAUUUCCAGGGAUGACUGGAGAGGUUACAGCAGCCCACAUAGCCAACGGUUUUAUUUAUCUCUACAGUGGGACAAAUGUGUUUGAGUUCGGGUUAUACAGUAAGAAGUACUUCCGUGUGCUGAAGAACAGUUUUUUCUUGCCCUGCUAGUUGAGCUUCCUUGAAAGAAGAAGCGGAUGUAUAUUUAGAAGGUUAUUUUACAACUACUGCAUUUAUUUUUAAAUGCAUGUACAUAUUUAAACAAAUGAAUUGUUCAAUUAAUUUUUUUCUUUCUGCUGUUUGUCACUGGACUUCUAAUAUAACUUAAACAAUGCAUUUUUACACAAUCAAUUUUAUGUUUUUUUUUUUUUCAAAUAAACUAA